AUGCCUGUGACGCUGGGCGACUCAAACGGGAAGAAGGUGGGCGACCUGAAUGGCAUGUGUCCCUCACCUGAUACCUUGAAUCGGAUAAGUAUCAGUCUCUUUUCCAAUAGGCACGCGAGUCUAACUUUCCUGAUUUUUACACCUGAGACUUCGAACAUGUCUCCUCCCAUCAAUCUACCCCAUUCAAACACAACCCGCCUCGCCGCCGCCGAGGACUCUCCCUUCUCGGAAUUCCUGCAGUCUAGCCUUAUUACCGCCUUAGACGUCUCCGCUGCAAUCAUCGCCUUCCUAUCCACCUGCGUCCUUAUCGCCUACGUUACCGGCAAAUGCUUCUAUGCUCUCGAGAGGAGGGUCUUCAAAUCAAAUGUCGAGCUGAAGGCAGAAGACGAGCCGAGGACAGAAGACGAGCCGAGGACAGAAGACGAGCCGAGGACAGAAGACGAGCCGAAGACAGAAGACGAGCAGAACGCAGAAAAGGCAGCGCCCGGAAUGGCAGCAGCAACCCUGGCCAUCUUUAUACACUUUAUAAGUACACUAAGCUACGCGGAUGACUACAGCGGUGGUCCAGCUAUAUCUUGGACUAAAAGCUCGCUCCGGAGCGGCAUUGUUAUUUGUCUUACGGAAGGGAUUCUUACUGCAACGGUUUUGGCGAUCGCGAAGGGGCGUGGAUGGGCUCGCACCCAUGGGAUUUUAUGACGGCAUUGCGCAGGACUUUAGGCAGCUGAGAGCAGGUUCAGGAAAGACAACGAAGUUUGAACAGGCUCACCAGUAAGGGCCGGAAUUUGUAUGCUAG